AUGCGCACAACUCCAACUAAUGUGUUGCUAGACGUCAUCGGGGAACAACCGUUGCGGUGCCGACACAGAUAUCUGGUCAGUAAGUACGUGUGCAGGGUUUAUGCUAGGUCUAGUCACCCUCUCGGACAAAUCCUAGAAAACUCCUGCAGGACGUGGGAACCCUUGUGCUCGGCUAAUGAGUUCGGACUCUUUUCCGUGUAUCAAGAACUUCAGUGUCAUCUUAAAGAAAUUAGAAGGUUUGCACUUCCGGGAAGCCUUGCCCUACCGUUUCGUGCCGGGUACUUUAAGUGCGAGGUAGACACUGAUACUGGACUACUUAUACGCCAGGCGGAAGACCCUCAGUACUGUUUUAGCAACUUCCUCAAAAGUCGGGACGUCUCUAGGGUGUUCUUUACUGACGGCUCCCGUGCUCCGGGCUUGGACGGAACGUCUCCCGCGGUAGGUUUUGCUGUGGUUUCGGAGGAUCCGGAGCUUGUCCACUAUGAACGCGUUAGCAAUAACUCUACUAUCUUUGACGCUGAAGCCCAGGGCGUUAUCUGCGCCCUGGAGUACUUACAAGAAUUUAGGUUCGCAAAGGCCGUUGUGACCUCUGAUUCGUUGAGCGUUAUCUCCUGUUCGGGGUCAACUGAUCCCAAAGGAGUACACUCCCCUCUCGUGUACUGCAUAAAGGAAAUAGUAAUGGGGUUGAGGGAUACAGGCGUAUUUGUGGUACUGAUGUGGGUUCCUGGACACUGCAAUGUUAGAGGCAAUGAGUUGGCCGAUGUGUACGCUAAACGCGCUCUAACUCUCGCUGAACCACGUCCGGAGGGCGGGCUUGACGUUUCUUCGCUGUUUCCCACACUUCGGCGAGAAGCGCUGGACAUGGCUAAGAGACAACUACUGGAAGAGGCAACCAGCAAGGGAACCGCGUAUUUCCUGAAAAAACCUGCACCGCUGGGUAAACCCUGGUUUGUCAAAGUAAAGAAAAAGAAGGUCCUACCCCGCCCGUUGAUCACACUUGUGUCUAGAAUACGUUCACAUCACACGGCUGUCAACCUACACUUGAAACAGAAAGGCAUUGUGGCCUCCUCGGAGUGCCCGUGUGGCCACCCUGUACAAGAUGUAAACCACGUCUUCCUCCAGUGUCCUAUGUAUAAGGACCACUCCGAUAAGUUAGUAAUCGAUUUNUAUCAUAACGGUUUCAGCCCUCCCUACAGUGUAGAGAAGGUGGCCUUUUCCAAGUGUUUUCGCUCAAUGUACGCUCUCCUCUCUUUUGCCAAUGCAACCAAUAUCAACAUAUAA